CCUUCUCCGAUCCAUCUGCAGCUGCUGAGCUGCUGCUCCUUCCCAUCUCGGCAUAUCAUUGCGCUUGUGCCUCCAUUCCACAUGGCUCCCAACCUCAGCUCCGACGCCGCGCAGUUCCCCUCCAAGCCGAAGCACGGAGGGGUCGCCGCGGGCGACAUCGAAGCGGCGGCCGGCCACGGGUCAUCAUCGGCUGCCGGCCGCGUCGACUACCUGGCCCGCGCGCAGUGGCUCCGCGCCGCGGUUCUCGGCGCCAACGACGGGCUCGUCUCCGUGGCGUCGCUCAUGAUCGGCGUGGGCGCCGUCAACGACGGCGCGCGGGCGAUGCUGGUGUCGGGCCUGGCGGGGCUCGUGGCCGGCGCGUGCAGCAUGGCCAUCGGCGAGUUCGUGUCCGUGUACGCGCAGUACGACAUCCAGGUGGCGCACUCCGAGCGCGGCCGCGCCGGCAGCAACGACGACGGCAGCGGCGGCAAGGAGGAGGGGCUGCCGAGCCCGACGCAGGCCGCGGCGGCGUCAGCGCUGGCGUUCGCGGCGGGCGCCGCGCUGCCGCUGCUGUCGGGCGGGUUCGUGCGGCCGUGGGCGGGCAGGUUCGCGGCGGUGUGCGCGUCCAGCAGCCUGGGCCUGGUGGGGUUCGGCGCCGCGGGCGCGUACCUGGGCGGCGCGAGCGUGGUCCGCUCCGGGGUCCGCGUGCUCCUGGGAGGGUGGCUCGCCAUGGCGGUCACGUUCGCUGUGCUCAAGCUGUGCAGCCUGGCGUUCAAGACGCAGGUCAUGUCCGCGUGAAAUCAUGCCACGUUCUCUCUGUCAGUAAAUAAACAAACCAUCGGUAUA